AUGUAGCCAUGCGUAUACUGGUGAUACAAUUCAGUGAAUGGGCAUCAUAAUUCGUGAAAUAGGUCAAGAUAAGAGAAAAUGCGUCUAUGAACUACUUUCUAUAAACGAGCGAAUGUGGAGGGAUUAAUUCCUACCCUCUCUUCCGCUCAAAUAACUAAUCUGUCGUAGUCAGUAGUUGAGAGAUUUAAGGUUGUGCUUAGGCAAUGAUGAAACUAAGAUGGCGUCUAACACGGACAGGAUGAACGGGGGAUAGCGAAGUUGGUCACAAAUUGAUUUGAUGGGGACGUAAUUCUCACAGUCACUCGUUGUACAAGCAAACGAGUCUUUGAAGUGGAUAAUCUUUACCCUUCUACAUCAAUAGAAGUGGGUCUAUGGGGGAAGCGAGGCUGAAAACGGCUAACUUUACGUGAGCUAACUGGACCUAGCUUGUUAGCUAACGUUCGCUAGCUAACCAGCGACAGCUAGCUAAACAACAACAAAGUAAGGAGGAUAGUCUCAGGAGAAGGAAGUGUCUACGGGAUUGUCCGGAAUCUUUUGAUAUAAAAUUAAGCAAUUCACAUCUGGCUUGGGACACGUCCAAAACAGAAGUAACCAAUAUGUCAAGUUAAACUUCCACGCCAAUUUGCAGUGAUAUCCGAGACCGGAGGUGCUGCCUGGGGUGGGCUGAAAAGUGGAGGCCAUAACGACCAUUCGCUUCAGCCACCCUAAUCGUGACCCAGUGCUGAACAAUAGACCCCGUGAGCUUUCAAGACACCUAAACGGCCCAUUAUUGGUGACAUCGGAAUCCAUUAUUUCGUCUUUGACCACGCUGAACGUGUCAGGAAGAGUUGCUGUCCAAGUACCAAGUAUCUAAUAUGAUGGCGAUGGAGGGGGAAGACUUUGUGCCGCCUCCUGAGUGCCCAGUGUUCGAGCCGUCAUGGGAGGAGUUUCAGGAUCCCCUGGGCUAUAUUGCCAAGAUCCGUCCAAUUGCAGAGAAGUCUGGAAUCUGCAAGAUUCGUCCUCCUGCUGACUGGCAGCCACCCUUUGCUGUGGAGGUGGAUAGCUUCCGCUUCACACCCCGUAUACAGAGACUCAAUGAGCUAGAGGCGGAGACCCGAGUCAAGCUGAACUACUUGGACCGGAUUGCCAAGUUCUGGGAGAUCCAGGGAUCCUCCCUCAAGAUCCCAAACAUCGAGAGGCGUAUCUUGGACCUUUUCAGCCUGUCCAAGGUUGUGAUAGAGGAGGGAGGGUUUGAUAUAGUCGGUAAGGAGCGGCGUUGGGCUCGUGUGGCCCAGAAGCUUGGCUACCCAACUGGCAGGAACAUUGGCUCCCUCCUGCGCUCACACUACGAGAGGAUUGUCUACCCCUUUGAGGUGUUUCAUGCUGGGGCCAGCCUGCCGCAGACUAAGCCAAAGCUAUAUGAUGGAGAAGAGGUGGAUAGAGAAUACAAGCCCCACUCCAUCCCCCUACGCCAGUCUGUCCAGCCUUCCAAGAUGAGCAGCUACGGACGCCGAGCCAAUCGCCUUCAGCCAGACGGUCCAGAGGAUUCUGCCUCCCACCCUCUCACUACUGGCUCUCAACACAUCUCUGCAUCGCCUGACCCCACGGAGGAGGACAUAGAGAAGAACCCUGAGCUGAAGAAACUACAGAUCUACGGGGCAGGACCUAAGAUGAUGGGGCUAGGACUGGUUCCCAGGAAUAAGAGCAUCCCCAAGAAAGAAGAGCUGCCUCAGACUGUGACUGUCCGUGAUGCAGCUGCUGCUGUCCAGGACAAGGAGGAACCAGGCGAGGUCAAAGAGGGAGACUCCAGCACAGCCACCCCCACGCCACCGCCUCCUCCUGAUGUCACGGUCAAGAAUAAAGUGAAGAAAGAGGACGAUGAUGGUGGAGACAGACAUGAUGAAAAGGACCAAGACGACCCUAACGGUGAUGGGCCCUGCACCAAGAUGACCAUGAGGUUGAGACGUAACCUCAGCAACCCCCAGUUUGUGGAUUCGUUUGUGUGUCGGAUGUGUGGCCGUGGCGACGAGGAUGAGAAGCUCCUGCUGUGUGACGGUUGUGACGACAACUACCACACCUUCUGUCUGCUGCCCCCCCUCACUGAAGCCCCCAAGGGCAACUGGCGCUGCCCCAAAUGUGUGGCUGAGGAGUGUAAAAGACCAGCGGAGGCCUUCGGUUUUGAGCAGGCUACCAGAGAGUACACCCUGCAGAGUUUUGGGGAGAUGGCCGACACAUACAAAGCAGACUACUUCAAUAUGCCUGUCCAUAUGGUUCCUACAGAGCUGGUGGAGAAAGAGUUCUGGCGCUUGGUCAGUAGCAUAGAGGAGGAUGUGACAGUGGAGUAUGGCGCUGACAUCCACUCUAAAGAGUUUGGCAGUGGAUUCCCCAUGAACAAUGGCAAGAAGAACCUCUCACAAGAGGAAGCGGAUUAUGCCCGCAGCGGCUGGAACCUGAAUGUGAUGCCGGUGCUGGAGCAGUCGGUGCUGUGCCACAUCAACGCCGAUAUCUCUGGUAUGAAGGUGCCCUGGCUGUACGUGGGCAUGGUCUUCUCAGCCUUCUGCUGGCACAUCGAAGACCACUGGAGCUACUCCAUCAACUACCUACACUGGGGUGAGCCUAAGACGUGGUACGGGGUUCCCUCUGUAGCAGCAGAACGGUUAGAGGAGGUGAUGAAGAAGCUGACCCCAGAGCUGUUUGAGUCCCAGCCUGACCUCCUCCACCAGCUGGUUACUAUUAUGAACCCCAACAUCCUCAUGUCUCACGGGGUCCCGGUUGUACGCACCAACCAGUGUGCUGGCGAGUUUGUCAUCACGUUUCCCAGGGCUUACCACAGCGGCUUCAAUCAGGGAUAUAAUUUUGCUGAAGCCGUUAACUUCUGCACUGCAGACUGGCUGCCUGCAGGGCGCUCCUGUAUCGAGCACUACCGUCGUCUGCGGCGGUACUGUGUUUUCUCUCACGAGGAGCUGACCUGUAAGAUGGCCGCCUGCCCUGAGAAGCUGGACCUCAACCUGGCCGCUGCCACUCACAGAGAGAUGUUCAUCAUCGUCCAGGAGGAGAGGAAGCUACGGAAAGGCCUGCUGGAGAGGGGCAUCACAGAGGCAGAGAGGGAGGCAUUCGAGCUGCUGCCUGAUGACGAGAGGCAGUGUGAUAAUUGCAAGACGACCUGCUUCCUGUCUGCCCUGGCCUGUUCCAACUGCCCUGAACGCCUCGUCUGUCUCUACCACACACAGGACCUCUGUAGCUGCCCCACAGACAAGCUCUACCUCAGGUACAGGUACACUCUGGAUGAGCUGUUUGCCAUGUUACAUCGGCUCAAAGUGCGAGCCGAGGUGUUUGAUUCCUGGGCCAACAGAGUGAAAGAGGCUCUGGAGCAGGAAGAGGGCAACAAGAUAGGCAUCACAGACCUGGAGGUCCUGAAGGCAGAGGCAGCAGAGAAGAAGUUCCCUGACAACGAGCUGCUCCAAAGACUCAACACUGUCCUCACUGACACUCAGAACUGUCAGCAGACAAGCACUGAACUCCUCAACAAGACACAGACCAGGAGGAUGACGCUGGCAGAGCUGAAGGCUCUAGUGGAGAAGAUGGAGAACCUGCCCUGUGUGAUGAGCCAGCUGGAGGACGUACAGGCGGUCCUGCGUACAAUAGAAGAGUUCCAGACUCAGUCCCGGGCUCUAGUGACCCACAGGGACUGGCGGCGAGACUCCGCUCCCCCAGAACAACUGCAGGCCCUGUUGGAGCAGGGAGCUGGCCUGCCGGUCGAUGCCCCAGAGUGUGAGCUCCUCAAGGGGCUGCAGGAGCAGGGCCGCUGGCUGGGCGAGGUGCGGCAGACCCUGGGGCCCGAGGGCGGGGUGAUGACCCUGGCGGUCCUCAGGAACUUGAUGGAGGUGGGCUGCAAUGUGCCCCAGAGCGUCUCAGUGGAAACAGCCAUGGCAGAGCUUCAGGAGCUCCUGACUAUAGCAGAACGAUGGGAGGAGAAGGCCCAGAUCUGUCUGGAGCAACGGCAGAAGCACCCUCUGUCCACCCUGGAGGCCAUAGUAAACGAGGCCCAGCUCAUCCCAGUCAAGCUGCCCAACAUCCUGUCUCUCCAGGGCUGUCUGAGCCGAGCCAAGGCCUGGGUCAAUGACCUGGAGGAGAUCCAGAAUGGGGAGCACUACCCGUGUCUGGAUGAUCUGGAGGGCCUAGUGGCGAUAGGGAGAGACCUCCCUGUCAGGAUGGAGGAGCUGAGGCAGCUGGAGCUGCAGGUAGCCAGCGCCCACUCCUGGAGAGACAAGGCCUCCAAGACCUUCCUGAAGAAGAGCAGCCAGCACAGCCUGCUACAGGUGUUGUGUCCGUGUGUGGAGAAACGUAAGGAGAGGGGAGAAGAGACGGAUCCAUUAGAUGACCCAGAUACCAACACUCUGGGCCUCUCUGCUCAGGACCUGAGAGACCCUGGCGCCAUUGUGACGGCGUUUAAAGAGGGAGAGCACCAGGAGAAAGAGGCUCUGCUGAGGCUCCAGAAGGUCAACCUGUCUAAACCAGGUGUGGAGAAGAAGGCUGAGAAAGAGAUCAAGACAGAGCGGGAGGACAAGGAGAAUGGAGGUGGGAGGUGGGGGGAGGACCCCAUGGAGCUAGACACAGCCCUCCACUCUGAGAACUGUGGAAAGGGGAACGGGGGCAGUAACCACACGACGACAGGCAGCAGCACUCCUCCUCAGUCUGUGUGUGUGUGUGGCCGGGCGCCACGCCCCCCUCUGCUGCGCUGUCACCUAUGUAAAGACUGGUUCCACGGUGGGUGUGUCCCGUUCCCCUCCCUCCUGCCUUCCUCCUCAGGGCUCCCCACCAACCCCCUCUGCUGGUGGGACUGGGACUCACGCUUCCUGUGCCCGCGGUGCCAGCGCUCACGGCGCCCGCGUCUGGAGACCAUCCUGGCCCUGCUGGUGGCGCUCCAGAGGCUGCCCGUCCGUCUGCCAGAGGGAGAGGCUCUGCAGUGUCUCACAGAGAGGGCCAUCACCUGGCAGGGGCGUGCCAAGGAGGCACUGGACACCCCUGAGAUACAGAGGGCUCUAGAGAGGCUGCAGGAGCUCAAACAGAACCAGCCUCACAGGGAGGGAGAGGAGGAAGAGGACGGGAAGAAAGGGAACUGUGAGUCGGUGAUAGUGCUAUCAGAUUCAGAGGGAGGAGAAGGAGAUGGAGUGAUAGACCUCACAGAGGAGAACUCUCCCAAGAAGACCGUAAAGAAAGAGAUGAAUGGCGGCAUGCAGGCUGGAUGUGAAAACGGCGUAAGCAAGAAAGUAAAGCCUCACCACAAUGUUACAGGUGUGGGCUCUCUGCUGCCGCUGGUCCCAUCACUAAAAGGCCCGGUGAUAGAGCUGUCCCUGACCACCAGGACCCAGCUAGAGGAGUUACAGCUAGAGGGAGACCUGCUGGAGGUGUCUCUGGACCAGACCAGCACCAUCCACAGAGUCCUGCAGGCUGCUUUAGAGCCACACAGACACACACUCAGAACACUCAUACUGAUUGAGCUCCAGGAGCAGAAGGGAGUGGGCCGUGGGGGGCGGGCUAAAGACUCCAAGAGGAAGAGGAAAAGCCAGAGGGGCGUCACAGGGGUGGAGGGAACACCCCGGUCCCAGGACGCCUCUGAGUGCAAGAAGACCUGUCCCCUCAACCACACACCCCCUCACAUACCCAUCCAGACACACCCCGAGAUCUUGUGAUAUGGUUAUGGAUGCAACUCUGGAGUAAAGAAUGGUCAAACGUUUGGAGAGAGAUAGAAUGGACAGAUUCUGGGCCGAAAGACAUUGUCAAACUGUGGAAAGAAAAAUGCAGGCCGCUCCCCUCUAUACGGCUCCCCUGCCUACCCCCCCCCCCCCCUCUAUACGGCUCCCCUGCCUACCCCCCCCUCCCUCCCUCUAUACGGCUCCCCUGCCUACCCCCCCCUCCCUCUAUACAGCUCCCCUGCCUACCCCCCCCCCUCUAUACAGCUCCCCUGCCUAUCACAUUCAAACACUAACACUGAUUUUCUUUCUGAGCUCCUACAUCUAGAUUCUACACUCCUGUCUCAUUCUCCAUCCCCCUUGAACAUACCAGCACAUUCCUCUCUUCUGCCCUGUACUUUACACCCCCUCCCUCUCUCUAUCUACCUCCCUCCAUCCUCCCUGUGAAAGUGUUUUGGAGUGUGUGAGCUGGCAUUGUCAUAGGAGAGCAGUUAUCUUGGUCUUAAUUAGGGAUCCAGUUCUCUGAGGUCAGUCUGUUACUCAGUCAGUCAAUAUGCUAUGUGUUCUCAGCUAUAUUAAAUGCUAGUUUGACACAAGCCUGUCGAACACAGACAGACAAGGAGGUCCAGUUGUUGACCCACUUACUGAAGUAGGAAUGAAUUAUUUCAUGAUCCAUUUUUCUUGGGGUUUUGGACAUGAAGCUAACUUAAAGCUGAAGUUCAGUUCGUUGGAAGGUUGUGAAUGACAUUGUAUCCUAGGUGACAAUGGUCACCGUGGUAACGCUUGUAUUUUUUUGUAUUGGUUCUUGUUUAAGGCUGGGCUGUUGAGGGGACUUUGCAUUUUCAGUAAAGCCCAUUUUGGAUAUUUUGGGAAGUGUGAAAAACAGGCAUUCAUGUUUUUGGUGCUACUUUCCCAAAAUAGGUAUCUGUACCUCUCACCUCUUUCACAUUCUCUCUCUCUCUCUGUCACCACUGACUCUUUCAUUUGUUUUCAUUCUAUGAUUUCCCCCCUCAGACUAAUUAUUUGAUUCUGUCCUGUUUUUCAGUCUGCUCCUCAACUUUCUUCCCUCCUUCCAAACUAAAGUAACACUUCACUUUAACUAUCACAAUUUACUUUGUCUCUUCUGGGUUCAAAUUAUUAUUAUUAUUAUUAUUAUUAUUAUUAUUAUUGGUAUUGAUAUUGCAGACACGCAGUGGUCGAGUUUGUGUAUAAACUUUUCAUUUCAAUGUUAUCUUUUUGUUUUUCACUCUUGUUAGAAAAUAAAGGUUUAGAAUUGUUUUAGGAA